GGGAAGGGAAGUUGUUGUCAUGCUGAUGUGAACGACCGCCGCGAAUACCUGGAUGUCUUCCACUCCGAACAGGCCCUGCUAUGGUGAGCUGUGUCAGCUAUGACGGAUGUUGAGGCCACCUAUGAGGACUUCAUCGCCUCUCAACGGUCUGGCCGCAGGAACGCCAUCCACGAGAUACCAACAGCGCCUGGAGUGCACGGCCCCACUGACUUGUCGCAGGGCCUGGCACAGCUCAACAUCAACAAAUCAGGUGAUGAAGCAGAAGACACUGAGAAGAGCCCAGAUCCUCCUGCCAAAGAGGAGAGUCAAGCGGAGGGCAGCUAAAUGGCUUACAAUAUCAGACAAUUAUAGACUAAAACAGCCACUCAUUCAUCGGACUCUCCCUGGCAUGCAAUAACUAGACAGUGCAUUUUCUAAACUUUUCUCACAGUCGUACAUGGAGCCAAUGUCAUGAUCAGACAAGGUGGAAUCUGCUAUUACCAUUGUUUCAACAAACCGGCAUCAAUAUGGCAACCAGUACAUUCUGCACUGGAAUGUGCUCGUUUCCUAGGAAAAGCCUUUUGUCCUA